AUUAUGUAAAUAGGGAAAGUCUUUCAGAUUUUGUAAACUUAGCCCCUUGAUUGUUACUCUCUCCAUCCCAUAAUGUACGAUACAUGUAGAUUUGACACGGGUUAAAAAUAAUAAAGGAUAAAAUGAUGGUUUUACGAUUCUAACCUCCAACAAGUAAGAAAAAGUAGGAUGUGUACACAAAAAUUAAAGGAUGAAAUGAUAGAUAAAGGGAUACAACAACAACAUCCAAGUCUUAUUCCCCAAAGAUUUUGGGGUCGGCUCACAUGAAUCCAUCCAUGAUAUCGGUAAAAAAGAUAAGAAAAAUUAAAAAGAUAAGGUAAGAUAAAAAGGAUAAGUUAAAGAUAAAUAUAAAAUAAAAGAACAUAAGAAAGAUAAAAAAAACAUAAAAACAUAAGAAAGAUAAAGAAGAUAAAAAGAAAAAGAACGAUAGGUAAAGGGAUGGAGGGAGUAUAAUUUAGAACAGUUAGUCCAUUGUGAAAGUGUUCAUAUUUUUGGGUGAAGUUGGAAAAUAACAAGUUAGUGGAGUUCAAUUUAGGAAAGUGUUCAUAUUUUUGGGACAACACAAAAAUGAAAGUGCAUCUUACAAAAUGGGACGGAGGGAGUAUAAUUUAGAACAAUUAGUCCAUUGUGCUAAAUUAUGUAUGUAUUUAUGUUAUGCACGCGCGCAUACAUGCAUAGAGUGUAGUUCAUACUGAGUGUGCUAGCAGCCUAGCAGUUGAAUAGAUUUGUUCAUAUGGUGUUAUUGUAAAUAGACUUAUUCUAUCAAGUUUCAUGUAUUAACUUAUAUGACACUUUGGACUUCUCAUUUGUAGAAUUAUGUCAUUUUCUCUAGGCAGUUAGACAUGUCACUCAGGAAACGCGAUGUUGAGCAGUGGAUGAGCCACCGCUGCUUGCCAGUGGAACUCAGAAGGCGGAUACGACAAGCCGAACGCUAUACUUGGGCAGCGUCCCGAGGGGUCAAUGAAGAAAAGCUUUUAGAGGAUUUACCUGAAGAUAUCCAAAGAGAUAUACGGAGGCACCUUUUUAAAUUUGUCAAGGAGGUCCGCAUUUUUGCAGUUUUAGAUGAUACAGUUUUAGACUCCAUUCGCGAAAGGUUAAGACAUAAGACAUACAUAAAAGGAAGCAUUGUUUUACACCAAGGUGGUCUUAUUAACAAGAUGGUUUACAUAAUCCGGGGAACGAUGAAAAGCACAGGAGAGGACGGAAAUGAGGCCCUGUUGUAUAAAGGCAUUGCUUGUGGGGAAGAACUCCUCACUUGGUGCCUAGAACAUUCUUCUGCGAGUAAAGAUGCAAGAAAUAUGAGGGUUCCAGGACACCGGCAGAUUAGUAAUAGGGUUGUGCAGUGCCAAACUAAUGUUGAAGCAUUUAUAUUGCGAGCAACAGAUCUUGAAGAGGUCACUGCUGUGUUUGCCAGAUUUUUUAGGAGCCCGCGUGUUCACGGUGCCAUAAGCCCAUAAGCGAGCACUUGCAGCGAGACACAUUCAAGUUGGAUGGAGAUAUUGGAGGAAGCUAGUGUCAAACUCAUGAAGACAACAUCAAUCAGAGAGUCAUGCAAAUAGUGUCGUCCCGCAUUGCAAUUCUCUCGUUAGAUUGAACUAUGCGAAAAUGCAAUUUUUUGUUGAUUAUUACAAUGUAUUACUCUCGAGUUAAGGUUCUCAUUCUAAAAUGACAUAUUUUUUUGAUAAUAACUGAAUAAAAUUGAGUUAGAUUGAGAAGUAGUUUGAGAAGGUAUAUGAUAUAAUGAGGUAAUACUAGGGGUAGUUUGAGAA